AUAGUUAACAGCUUAUGAGUGAUGGAGGACGAAAUCUAUGAAAAUGCGGAUUAUCCCGAUUCUGUUAAUGCAGCACCUUUGAAAAAUCAGACAGGUCCCAGGAUCUCUGAGAGCAUAUGUCGUGCUGUAGUUUUCUGUCUGGGGCUGCUGAGUGUUUUCCUGCUGGCUGGACUCAUCGGUGUCUCCGUCCACUGCCACGUCUCUUUAAGUGGACCAGCUGCUGAUCUCUCUACGAUCAACGCCAACCUGACUGAGCGUCUCCAGGCCAGAGAGGACGAGUUGUCCUCCGUGUCCUCAGAGAGAGACCGGCUGAAUGCCACACUCACUGAAAAGACUAAAGAGCUGGACAGGCUGCAACUUUUGUCCAAACAGAGCCACGUCUCUUUAAGUGGACCAGCUGCUGAUCUCUCUACUAUCAACGCCAACCUGACUGAGCGUCUCCAGGCCAGAGAGGAGGAGUUGUCCUCCGUGUCCUCAGAGAGAGACCGGCUGAAUGCCACACUCACUGAAAAGACUAAAGAGCUGGACAGGCUGCAACUUUUGUCCAAACAGAAGAAAACGUGUCCUGCAGGAUGGAAGAUGUUCAGCUGCAGCUGUUAUCUCCUCUCCUCUGCUAAUGGUUCUUGGGAAGCAGGCAGACAAGACUGCAGAGACAGAGGAGCAGAUCUGAUGAUCAUAGACAGUUAUGAAGAACAGGAAUUCAUCACUAGGUUCAUCAAGAGACGCACUUGGAUUGGUUUGAAUGACCGAGACAACGAAGGCGUCUGGAAAUGGGUUGAUGGAUCUCCACUGACUGAAGCGUACUGGUACAGAGGAAAUCCUGAUAACGGUGGUGGAGAUCCAGAGUGGGGUGAAGAAGACUGUGGAGAAAUCCUAACUGACCAGUAUGUGAGAGUUAACUGGAAUGAUGUGAGCUGCGACAGUGAUCUGCAGUGGGUCUGUGAAAAAAUGCGUUGA